CGCUUGUUCGCGACUUUCGCCACGUGACGAGUUAACCUCCGAGAGGAUUGUUUACAUGUCGGAGCAUUUUAAAAGAACGCACGUUUUGUUGAAAUUUUCAAAUAAUGGCGAGCAGCGAAAAAGUGACGCGUAUGGAAGAUAUAUUGAAUGCGAUACCAAAGCAGAAUGAAGAUGCAUUGGAGUCAUUGCCUACUACCGAGAAGCGCGAGAGGCUACAUGUUCCACGAGGCAAACCAAAAUCCGGUAGGAUAUGGAAGGAAGAAAAAACGAGAUUUUCUUCUAUAAUUAAAACACGUGGGCUUCGACUGUCGUUAGCUAAGAAACAAAAAUUGAGAGAAGAUAUGAAACGUGUUAAGGAGAUGUCAAGAGCAAUUAAGGCACGAAAACAGGAAGAAAAGGAGGCUAAAAAACAACGAAGAAGAGAAAAUUUGAAGAGAGCGGAAGAGAAUAGAAAAAAGAGCGAAAUUGUACAAGUUAUUAAGAAUACUGCGAAAAUAAAGAGAAUGAAGAAAAAACAAUUGAGAAUGAUUGAAAAACGAGACACAAUUAAUAUGUAACAUUAAAAAUCGUGUAAAUAGAAUACUUAAUUAAGUAUAUAACAUUAUAAUAAUUGUUGAACAUCAUAAUCAUUUCUAAUAAAAAGUUCUUCAUUUGGCG